CCCAAGAACUGGCCAGCGGGAAUCAUCUACCUCACUGAGCCUGCGUACUCAUCGCAAUUGGGUCCAUCUGAGCUGUCAGCGCUGAGGCAAAAUGAUGGCCCAGUCAAUGGACCCGGUAUUAUUAAUACCUUGCCUUCUCCGCUUGUCAAGAUUACUGCCAUCACUUCUCCAGCGACACAUCCAGCUGUAGGCCAAUAUGGUCUCUUUGCUGCGCGAGACCUUGCUCCAUCUAGCUUUAUCGUGGAUUAUCUAGGCUAUGUCCACCCUGCUUCUGACACUGACGAGUCUUCGAAUUAUGAUCUUUGUCUGGAUGCAGAUUGCGGUGUCGGCGUAGAUGCGACGAAAAUGGGCAACGAAGCUCGGUUUACCAAUGAUUACAGAGGCAUUCGACCAGAAGGACCUAAUGCUGAAUUUAAAGAGCACGUCGUAAACGGCGAAAGGCGAAUGAGCAUCUGGGUCCUGCCAGCGGGCAAGAAUGGACAUAGAAAGCGCGGAAUCAGAAAAGGCGAGGAAAUCUGCGUAAGCUAUGGAAAGGGCUUCUGGAGAGAGAGA